CCAGGGUGCAUCGUAACGAUGGCGUCCAAGUGGGAGAACAAUUUCUUUGUGCAGAAAUAAAAUAGAUUUUCUGCUUUUAUGUGCAAGUUUGCAUUUUAGACCAAACUAACAAGAAGAUGGACAUGUCAUUUUGGUGUGAGGACUGUGGGCAGGCCCAAGAGGAAGAGUGCAAGCUCCAUGCAGUCAUCCAUGUCAAGGACAGGGUUGUACAGAGCUAUGCCAGGCUAACUUUGCCUCAUGUUCUUAACAUCAAGGUGGUAGAGUUCAGAGCUGUUGGAGCACAUGUUCAUGGAGUGUACCCGAAGAAGAUUAUUCAGAAGAGAACACAGUUUGGACCUCUGAUAGCGCCAACAUCGGCCAAGAAGGUCACACUUGAACAAAGACUUUCACUCAAAAUCUUCUCAUCUCUGGUUGAAUAUAGUCACAUGGACUUGAGCUCAGAGGAUGAGUGCAACUGGAUGAUGUUCAUUAGACCAGCCAAGAAGAAAGAAGAACAAAAUAUGAUUGCUUACCAACACGAUGGCAAGAUAUUCUUCUCCACAACACAGGUUAUUCCUACUGGGAAAGAGUUGAAAGUUUGGUAUGCGCCACAUUAUGCCAAGCUUAUGAAGAGAAAACUCCUCUCACAAAUUGUGGGAGAAGUUGAUAAUUACCACAGCUUUUAUUCAGAUGAUGAUAUGUCAGACAACGAUGGCUGUGACCUCAUGGCAAUAGAACCACCUCACCUUCAUGAAGUACUGGUGUUUGACUGUUCAGUUUGUAAGGCAUCGUUCACAGAAUUCCAUCUCUUUGAGAAGCACAUUUGUGGCACAGUGUCAAAGGAGUCACUGAUGAUUGAGGAACUAGUCGAGGAACGCCACGAUGAAGGUGGGAACGAGGAUGAUAGCAGGUCAGAUGACUCGCCACAGAAACGCAACAAACGAAAAGGAAAUCCAGUGAAAUUAUCGAAGUCUGGACGAGUGAUUCGACCAAAGCAGCAACCAGAGGAUCCCAAAUCAAAAGUGUGGGAAACUCGAAAGAGAAGAUCAAAACGCCAGAAAGUUUCCAGAGAUUCACAACGCUAUGUAGGUCAGAUUGUUCUAGCAGGACCAGAUAUUGAUGCAAAAACCAAUGCUUCCGAUAUGCAGCUUAUAGCGCAGGGUAAACCUGAUAUACACAACAAUACUAAUGAUGGGCCGAUCACAAACAUUAAACUGGAAGGAGUAAAAGAGCCUACUGCAAGGGCUGAGAAAGAACUUGAGAGUAAAACUGAAACUGGUAGGAAAAGAGAAAAGACACUUCAUACUUGUGACAUCUGCUCAAAAUGUUAUCCAAGCAUAAACCGCUUGAAGAUCCAUAAGUAUAGUCACACUGGUGAAAAGCCUUGGAAAUGUGAACAGGAGGGAUGUGUGAAAGCCUUUACAUCCAAGUUCAAACUUGACAGACAUAUUUUGAUUCACAAGCCAAAGUCUAAGACUCACACUUGUCUACACUGUCAUAUGUCUUUCCAUCGUAAGGACCAUCUGAAGAAUCAUAUGAGGGUUCAUGACCCAAACAAACCAGUGUUUACUUGUGAUAAGUGUGGUCGAGAAUAUACCACAUCAUUUGCAUACAGGACACAUGUAGGUUUUCACUGCGCAGAAGAAGGCAGUCUGAGAUGUUUUGUGUGUGAAAAAGACUUUGAAGACAAAGAUAAGUUAGUGUUUCAUUUGAAAAUCCAUGCUGGAGCGCAAUCGGUCAAAGGGAUCAUGCAGCGCAAAGAGAAGUGUCCUCACUGUGACAAAAGAUUUUACACCCAGAAAGAUGUGCGCAGACAUGUCCUUGUUCACACCCGAGAAAAAGAUUACCUGUGCCAGUAUUGCCCGCAUCGUUUCGGGCGCCGAGAUCACCUGAUUCGACAUUUGCGGAAAGCUCAUGCUGGUUCAGAAUCAUUGUUAAUGACUUAUGCUGCUGAUCCCAAAGAUGAGGAGGAACCUGUCGAACCACCACUGCCGCCCGAUUUGAAGUCGUGCAAAGUUGAGGCAACUGUGCCGCCGUUGGACUAUGAACCAGUCCAGCAGAUUCAUAAUCUUGUUAUCAACACAUCUCAUGAUCAACCAAAUGUAACUCUUGCCUCGACCAUGCCAAGUGAUUUAGAACAGACUGCACAACAGUUAUUGGAGACUUGCCAGUGUGGUAUCCAUCCUGCACCCCAGUCAAAUCCUGUCAUGACGGCUCAGAUUAGUCCCAACACACAGUAUGUGUAUUUGAGGAAUGCCCUUCCCACCAGUCAUCAGUACUUACCUAUAUCCUCUAGUAGUCUCUCGCCACUGCCCGGUGUUCCUCUUCAGUCUUUACCACUCACAGCACUGCCAGGAAACUCAACACAACAAAUUUUGACAAAACUCGAAUCGAAACCAUUUGAUAAUUUAGUCAGUACUUUAGUUCCAAUGCUCAACAUUCAGUGCAGUCCUAUGGAGGAGAAACUCAGUGCCCAUGACCUUGGUUUAGCUGUGGUUCAGAAUCUGGUCCCUGGGGUGCAAGACCGCCACCAAAACACUUCCAUUCUUUCACAGGCACCCUUGCAGCAUCAUCGUGAUCUGUCACUCCCUAGUCCAUCGCCAUCUUCUGCAACCAUUGAUACAGUUGAUCAUCGGUUUUUCCCUCCAACAUCGCACAUUGACCCAGAUAAGCUUACGCUGCCCAUCUCCAGUCCAACACCAAGUGCCACAGACAUGGACACAUUCUCCUAUGUGCACUCGCCUCAAAUUCUUGACAAAUUGCCUGAAGUGAACUUGUCUGAUCGUCGCUUCUACGUGCCUGGUGGUCACUUUGAUGAUAUCAAACUGUCUGAUGGACCAUGCGUCAUAACUGAAGCGCAGUUGGCAAGUUAUGUAGAGACUCUGAAGGUACUGAGUAACCUUUCUCACAUCCCCACUGGGAAUGUGUUUUCUUCUACGUCUCUUGGUCAAACGUCGGCUGCUGAGAAUAUAAACACUGUUGCCUCCAUGAGUUAUGCGCAAGCAUUACCCGAGUUCACACAUUCAUUCCAGUGAUAAAUGGAGUGCUGAAAACCUUUCUGUAAUUACUGACAUGUUAUAAGAAUGGCAAGUAGGAUUGCCAAUAUAUCAACUUUGAGAUUGUCUGCCUUCUCUCUGCCAAUAUUGACAUUUGUUUGGUCAGUGCUGCUGUAUUUCUUGGGAUUUUCGGUCGAGGGAGGACAUCUCCAUAAAUGUAUAUCAUGUAGAGACUAAUUCUUUGUGCCAUAUCGUGUAAAUUUGUGCCAUGCAUUUAUGUUGUUUUGUACAUGUAGGCUAUGUUGUUUGAUCUGUCUGCAGUUGUUCAACAGAUGAUGUAGAGAGGUCCAUCAAGUGCAUACUGGGGAUGGUGACGGGCUGAGCAUAUUGAAAACCACUGGUUAUGAUGAUGGUGUAUGGGGAUUUGUGUUCAACCAAUACAUUUUGUUAUUUCAUCUGGUGUUGGAACUUUGAGGCCUUUGAGAUUCACCUUGCUCAUUAAUGAUAUGUUUGUCCAGACUUAUCAGUCAGUCUCAGUCAAGAACAAAAACAAAGCCUUGCUUGUUUCUUCUUCGUUUUUCAUGGCAUCCUGGCAAAACCAGUGCUUUUCAAUAUACAAUGUACUCCGCCCGUCGAUAUUUCAGUUUUUUGUAUGACGUACGUAGGAGUAAACAAAGCCUGAUCUCGGGAUGUUCUAAGGGAGUCUGGGUGCACUACAAGUUAACAUUCCUGAUGAAUGAAUUGAGUGAGGGUGGUUGUUUGUUGUGACAUGGGCCUUUUCAAAUAAGUGUCAUAAUAAGACUAAGAGGUGACACUGAGAACAAGUCUGAAUACUCUCGACUCUUCCUUCAUGGUCCAUCUUUAUUUGCAUUUAUAAUACACUGAUGUGUAAAUAAGCCUGUUGUACUGAUCUGAAAGAAGUCCAUUGAUUGAAUGAAUUCAGUGGAGAAAUAAAUUAAU